CACUCUUCCCCUAAUGUCCUAUGUCACAAUGGCUGUUGGUGUAAUGCUAUGCAUUUGAACCUGUUUGGAUGUCUCUAAAUAUGCUAUAGAUGUCAGGAGUUCCUUGUAGAUGCCCUGCAGUUCCAACAGCAUGUGGAGAAAAGAGAACAGCUAUGACAAAUGGACCAAGCCUGGAUGGAGGAUAGAGCAGAAAUAUGCAAACAAAGUGCUAAUUGGUAACUGGGUGGAAGAGAGGCUGCAGUUCACCAGGGAAUGCAGGACGGCGAACAGCACGAACCGUCUAGACUACCGGCCACAGUGGGACUACCAGCCAGACACCAUUGUGAGACGAACAGCUCUGCGCAGAGGAGAGGGCCUUCCCCCAAAGCUGCUGCUCGCCCACCAUGACACUCCCACCUCCCACUUCCUGGUCACCCAGUACGACGAGAUGUACGGGCGGAGGAGUGACCAUGCCACGCCCAAGCUGCGCUCCUGGGACUCCAACAAACUGGCAUGGAUCCCAGAGCGCUCUGACCAUGCAGCCAAAGUGCCUCCCACCAACUUUGGCCUGGCGGAGGCCCGUUGGGCGCGUGCCGACAGGCACCGUCGGAGCGAGUCGACGCCCGCGCUGAGCUCCUACCGCUUGUCCUACCAGCAGCCCCCACUCUCCGCCAUGUGUCCUCCCCGCCCUCCACCUCUCAGCCAGACCCAGCUUCCUAAACUCCCAGGGCUCGGAGGUCAUUCCACGCCUGUCCGGACCGGCGCCUGAUGCCCUGGCCAGUGCAAAGGGGCCUCCCUUGCCAGCCCUUCCUUUGGCCACAGGGGGAAGAUACAACCAGCAUGGAGCGGCAUAGCUGUUUCCUAUCAACGCUCACAAUUUAUAACUUCAGAAUUAUCUCUCAGAUAUCGCAAAGGGAUAAAAGCUUUUUAUGAACUA